AUGGAUGCUGAUGGGCCUGUCGAGUCAGCUGUGCCUGCUGAAAAGUCCCUGACUCGCGAGAUGUCGCCUGGACCAGCCUCACCUGCCGUCAAGAGCGAGGCCGCCAAGUCUAUGAGCGAUCGCAGUGAGGCCGGAUCCCGCCACAGCUCGCCGCCGACUUCACUAGCUUCGUCCGAAGAUGCGACGUCGAGCAAAAAACCGAGCGCCGGCCCGCACUCGGCUCCUGGCACGAGCAAAAAGCCAAGACCAAGGCGCAGGAUACCCGUGACGAGCGAGCCUAGACCGACGCCAGAGCUGCUCGCCAGUCUCACAGAGCGUGAGGACGAGUAUACGGGUGUCGACUCGGAUGACUCUGACGACGACUCGUCCGAAAUUGACAUUGACGAGCUCGAGGAUCUGGAUCUUCCGCCAGGCUUAGGCACCCAAGAAGGCAGAAAGACCUACAGACGCAUCAGGCCGGCAUACUACUACCGUCCCGAUCUAUCGACAUCGCUUUGUAAAGGCACGCCCGUCUUCAUGCCGACGAUGGAAGAAUUUAUGGACUUUUAUGCCUUUAUCAAAAGCGUGGACCGCUACGGCAUGCAAGCCGGCAUCGUCAAGGUUGUCCCGCCGAAGGAAUGGACCGAGUCCCUCACGCCAAUCGAUCACCCGCUCCGUCAGACCAAAAUCAAGAGCCCCAUCUGCCAGCACAUACUAGGGCAAAAGGGCCUCUUCAACUUGCACAACGUCGCUAGAACGCGAUCUUACAACGUCAAACAGUGGAAGGCAAUCUGCGAUGAUCCAACGCGAGUAUCUCCUGAUUUUUGGAAGCGAUCUGCUCGCCAUGGCGGCGACGAUUCCGAGUCACCUCCAAAAACGCGCAGCAGAGCGUUCGCUGCGGGUACGAACAGGCCGCAGAAGAAGCGCAAAGGCGCGCCAGAUAGCGAUGACGAGAACGAGCCGGCGAGUAAACAAGCUAACGCGUUGCCCAAAGACGAGCCAGAGGUAGAUGUCGAGGAGCACAAAGGGGAAAGUCUGCGGCCAGGCGAGCUGUUCACCGACAAGGAAUGGGAGGACUUCGACUUGCCGAGUCAGUUGCAAGGCCCGAGCCCCUCAGACUAUACAGCAGAUGUUCUCAAAGAGAUCGAACGAAGGUAUUGGCGAUCGCUCGCCAUCGGCUCUCCACCUAUGUACGGUGCGGAUUCCGCAGGCAGUCUCUUCGAUCCAAAGCAGACCGUCUGGAACGUAGCAGAGCUAGACAAUCUGCUAUCGCGCGUAGGCGGCAGUCGUAAGAUACCCGGCGUCAAUACGCCCUAUCUGUACUUUGGAAGUUGGCGUGCGACAUUCGCCUGGCACGUGGAGGAUAUGGACCUCUAUUCGAUCAACUACCUCCACUUUGGCGCGCCGAAGUGCUGGUAUUCAGUGCCGCAGCGCGAGCACGAGCGUUUCGAGCAGUACAUGGCCGGGCAAUUCGCGUCCGCACGCAAUACCUGCCCACAAUUCAUGCGUCACAAGUCUUAUCUGGCCUCACCGACCAUCAUCUCGAAUCACGGUAUCACUUUGAAUCGCUGUGUGCAGUUUGCGGGCGAGUUCAUGCUCACAUACCCUCACGGCUACCACUCGGGAUUUAACCUCGGCUUCAAUUGCGCAGAAAGCGUCAACUUUGCCACCGAAGAAUGGGUACCGAUCGGGCGCAAAGCGAAGAAGUGCGGCUGCGUCGACGACUCGGUGACGAUCAAUGUUGAUCAGUGGCUCAUGGAAGCUGCUCAAUCGAAAUUGCAGGAGGACGAAGCAAAGGGCAUCGUGAGGAAGCCGAUACGGGCGUAUAAGCCUGUCAAAAAGCCGAAAAUCGACGACUCUGUCAAGGUCAAGCUGACGAUUCCCGCAAAGCCGCCCUAUGUUUGCGCUCUCUGCCCAGAUUUAUCGACAGAGGGCCUGGUGCCUCUGGCCGGUCCGCUCAGUGCUGCUGCGUUCGCGUCUAGUGCUGGCAUCUCUGCAGUAUCCGCGCCGGCGCCCACCUCUGUUGACAUGCCCAUGGCAGGCUCAGAAGAUCAAGCCGAGCUGCCUUUGACGGACGACGUUGUAGCAAUGGCAGAGGCGAACAAGAUUACGCCGACCAAGAAGACGAUCAAGACAUUGAGCGGGAUCAGGCACGCACACCGCAUUUGUGCAACAUUCAUUCCCAUGACUUGGAUCGAUCGCGACGGAGAGACGGGCCAGGAGCUCGUCUAUGGCGUCGACAAGGUCGAGCGCGCUCGCUGGAAUCUCAAGUGCCAGCUUUGCAGCGACCGACACGGGGCAAAAGUGCAGUGCACCAGAUCGAAAUCGUGCUACAAAGCCUGUCAUGCGACCUGCGCGAUGAAGGCCGACUCGACCUUUAUGAUUGACGCCGUCAUCAGAUUAGAGCAUGGACUGGUCAGCUGCAUCGAAGCUGCCAAGCCACUCCAGGAAGGAGAGACGGAGGACAAUGAAUUGAGCGAGAAGCUUGCUGUUCGACCCGCUAUCUACAGUGCCGCCGACCUGUUGAAGCCCAUCGGCGAGGUACAGACUGUGGUCUUGUGCACAAGUCACAAUCCGCUCGUGUUAGCAGCUGCAACAAAGAAGAAGCAUGACGAGCUUGCAGCACGCAUCGCUGCAAUCCCAACAGGUUCGCCUCUGCUCGUGCGUACCUCAGGCGGCAUCUGCGAUGUCACUUUGGCAAGGAACGUCCCAGAGCAUGGCGCUGUUAUCGUGUGCUUUUCGACCGGCACGCACGCAGAGUACAAGUAUGCCAAGAUCUGCGAUGAAGAGGCGCGUGCAAAGGAAGCAGCAAAACUAGCAGCUCGCGCCAAAGCAGACCAAGAGAUCUAUGUCUACAAUCAUAGCCAACGAUCAGCGGCAGCAUCACCGUCGAUGCCAACAGGUCCCUAUCAGAUCAGCACAGGCUAUGCCGGCCGGAGCAAGUAUGGCUAUUCGGCAAGCGCUUAUGCCGCCAAUCGAUCAGCACUACCAUCAUUGAGCGAUCUUGGCGUCUAUGCGCCAUCGUCUUGCCCUGUCAGUACGUCCCCGUCAUUGACCAUGCAAGUCCCAGCGGCGUCGCACUAUAGUUCCGUCUAUGGAGCCAAUUUGCCUAAGAGUCAGCCGACAAGUCUGUUACCUGUCAUCCAGCCCGUCGCCCCUCCGGCAAGUCGGGCAGUGACUUUACCGAUCAGCUUGCCUGCUAGACUUCCAGCUAUGCCGAGGAGCGAAUCUGCCGGCACGAGCAGCAUUUAUGGCAGCAGCCUGCCCCAGACCGAAGCGUUCAGCAAAUCCUACGGUUCAACUUACAGCACAGCCUAUACACAGCCGUCCGCUGCACGCUAUACUGACCUAUCGAACAACAGACAGCUGCCACCCAUCUCAUCACUGCUUCCUGGGCCGCCUGCGAGUGUAUCCAGUCCGCAGAGUUAUACGCUCUAUCCGGCAUAUACCUCCAGCCUGCCGAGAUCUGCGCCACCGUCUGCGUCUCUGCCUGCGCAUGCAAUCGCUCAUCAUUCGCAAUUCGCUCAUCACACGCAGUCUAGCCCUCGAAUGAAUCUGCAAGACAGCACUCCGGUCACCAACACAUUGUAG